AGACCAUGCGCGGUCGCCAUAUUCCGGAGCACCCCUCCCCUCCAGCCCCGUCACCGCGCACAGAGCCACAGCAGCGUUGCAGGAGGCUACAUACCGAACAACGCUACCACUGGGGAGGACCAGUGAUACAGCAAAACCAAGACCAAAAAAACCCAAGGAUUCACUGGAAUGGAUUAAACACUUGGACGCGUCCGUGAAGUGAUCGGUUUUCACGUCGCCGCGCACCGGUUGAAAGGUUGCCUAAUUACUAUUUGUCUCCUUUGAACAAAUCCAGCAGCUAAAGAGCCGUAGUGUGUGUUUAGCUAGCCGGUGAUGGAGACUGGCGGCUAGCUAGCUGACGUUACUCUCCUGUCAGGCUAGCAUCCGGUACACGGCCAACUUACUCGGCUCGCGCUGUCCCGCUUUUAGCACAAGGCGUCAUUCCGACGUAGCUUCUCUUUGGAAAACUCUACAACAUGUUAGUUUGUUCGUAAAUAAGGCGCAGACUGAGACCGCCGGUGGCACCAGCUGACGUGUGAGGUCGCUAGCUUCUCUGCGAGCGGCCACUAGCUUCCUUUUGCCUCGCUAACUGUCACCGGAUCGUCUGGGACUCGUGUGUGUGAGAUGCUGUGAAUAUUGGCACAUUGAGAACAGCCGACACUUGGUUCACGUAUUUACUUUUUCUUUUUUUAAUCGUGUUGUCUGUCUAUCCAAGUUUCGUCAAGACUGCGACGUUAACGAAUCGCAGCAUUAUUGCGUACUGUCGGAAACCAACUACCCUCCAGAUUCUCUCGAAAUGCAUCAUCCGGACGCCGCAGGAGACUCUGGCAGUGUUAGAAAGAUGGCGCACCCGGCUGUCUUUCACAUGAGGGGUAGCAACACGGGCAGCGGGAGCAGCUCCGCGCUGUCAACGCCGGCAAACCCGGUGGUCAACAACAGCCACGUCCCAGCCGAUGAGUAUCAAGCCUCCCUGUUGAUUCAGUGCCAACCUGCUGGUUCUUCCUCCCCGGGUCCCCAUCAUAUUCCACCCCACAGCCUGAAUCUGCAUCCGCAGCCACAGCCCACACAGUCGGUCGGAGCCCAGAUAAAAAAGAAGAGCGGCUUCCAGAUCACAAGUGUCACCCCGGCACAAAUUUCUGUGAGCACCAACAACAGUAUUGCAGAGGACACGGAGAGCUACGAUGACCUGGAUGAGUCCCACACAGAGGACCUCUCUUCCUCUGAGAUCCUGGAUGUGUCGCUCUCCCGGGCCAACGACAUAGUGGGAGCAGAGAGGAGCUCCUCGGAGGAGACGCUUAAUAAUUUCCACGAGGCAGAGACCCCCGGAGCUGUCUCCCCCAACCAGCCUUCACACCCCCAUGCCCUGAACAAGGCUCAACAACAUGGUGGGGCCAUGGUGAACGGCACGGUGCACCAUCACCAUCCUCAUUAUCCCAACCAUGCCCCGGUUUACCCUCUGUCCUCUGGGCCUGGGAGCACAUCGUCUGCCCUCAAUUCUGGAGCUUCACCUUGUGUCAACCAGAAAGUGCCUUCAAAUGCGAGGGUCCCUCAAGAGAACGUUUCCCAGACUGCCCCUCCAAGUAUUGCUGCUCAGCCUGUGGGGAUUGUGGCCCCAGGAUCGGCCCCUGGAAUGCACAGCUCUGCUACGGGCACUACCGUUAGCAUAGUUAAUCCCCAGACCAGCACUGUUAGUAAUGUGAAUAUGUUGAGCUCUACCAACGUGCCUGUAAGAGGGGGGAUCAGCAUGAGCGCUAGCAGUAGCAGUGGUGGCUUUCCUCUCAAUGUGAUAAGCAGCGGUGGGGGGAGCGCAGGGGGAGUUGGUGCUGCUUCAGUCGGGGGUAACCUGAUAACCACCACUAAUAUCGGCCAGCAACACCAAAACACCAACUCCAGCAUCAUUAUGACGACUACGUCUCCUGCCGUCAGUGCCUCUGGAGGGAUUGGACUUUCCAGUGGGGUCCAGGGGAGGAUUGGACCUGCUAUGUUGCAGCCUGUGAGUAUCCCCGACACAGCUGUGGCCCCAGCCCCUGUACUAUCUGCUCCUAUCCAGCCUGCACCAGCCCCUGCAGUGGCUACCACCAAUUCUCGCUUCAGGGUGGUGAAGCUGGACUCCAGCUCUGAACCCUUUAAGAAGGGCAGAUGGACAUGCUCAGAGUUCUACGACAAGGAGAACCAAGCCUCUGCUCCCAGCUCCUCUGCAUCCGAUACCGGGUCCCUUGGCAUGCGUCACUUUGUAUCUGAGAGCUUUGCCGGGGCCUCAGAGAGGGAAAGCACAAGUGGUAGUUCUGUGAGUAGCACUAUGAGUACAUUAAGUCAUUAUACUGAGAGUCUGUGCAGUGGAGAGGCUGGGGGAACCCCAGUAUCCCAGCAUACCCAUGAGUAUACCUCUCCUCCUCAGGGCUUUCAAGGAAUCCUCCCCAGUGGCUUACGCAUGGUUGUUUCCCAACCUCACAUGCACGCCACGGAUAUUACCCAUUCACAUGUGAAGACUACUGUGGUCCCCUCGGCUCCCACUAACAUUCAUCAGCCAGGCCUGCAGGCCAGUGGUCACCCUACGCCGGCUUUACCCAAUCAGCAGCUCACUUAUGCCCAAGCAGUUGCUAAUCAAUCCUCAGGCACCACACAGGGCCUAGUCAAUGUUCAGCAGCAGGUGGGCUAUGCAACCCUGCCACAGCAACCAUCUGCUACCCCCCAAACAGCCGCAGUGCAGGUGAGGCCACCCGAGUACGCCUAUCCACACCAAGCUGCAGCUUCUCAACCUCUGUCCCACCAAGCCGGAUCAGCUAAUGGAGCAUGUCAGAUGAUGGGAGGCCCGCAGCAGUCACAUGCACUCCUUAACACACAGCCCCAGCAGCCCUCUUCCAUUCAGACCCCUCAUAUUGGACUACCAGGUCUUGGCCAACAGCCUCAGAGCCACCAAGUUCAUCAAGAUUGCCAGCAACAGAAGCAGCAACAGUCACUCCCAACACAAAUACAAAACCUGGGCGUGGGAACCCAGCUGCCCACAACAGUCCACCAGAGCCAAGUGUCUGCCCCAAGUGUGCCUCCUUCCAACCCUCAGAGCGCUCCCCAGGCCCAAACCCACAACAUUGGGAAUAGUGGUAGGAUGCUCCCACAGGGGGCUUCACAGAGCCAACUGUCCUGUGUCAACUUGUCCCAGGACCACAGCAGCAUCCUGGCCCUGGCGCAUGCUGCCCAGGCUAGUGCCCUCUACGCUAGUCUGCCCACCUUCACCACCACUCAGCUGCAGGAUGCCCAACGCCUGCUCCUCCAGCACCAGUCGGCUUUGUUGGGUCUGCCCAAACUCUCCGGUGGGGAGGCCGGAUCUGGAUCCAACACUGGCCAGGGUCAAGAAGCUGAGGGCAACGCCACUACCGCGAGUGCCUUAAAUGCAUCAGCUGGUCUCAAGACUGUUGAUGGAGAGGAGGAUGGUUCGUCAGGAGCCAGCGUUGUGGCCAUAGACAACAAGAUUGAACAAGCAAUGGACCUGGUGAAGAGUCACCUCAUGUAUGCCGUGCGUGAGGAGGUGGAGGUCUUAAAGGAGCAGAUCAAGGAGCUGAUCGACCGCAACUCCCAGUUGGAGCAGGAGAACACCCUGUUGAAGACCCUGGCCAGCCCAGAGCAGAUGGCCCAGUUCCAGGCCCAGGUCCAGACCGGCUCCCCGCCUACCCCUCAAACCGCUGCCACGCCGGGGCCCCCAAGCAGCGCCACCCUCGCCCAGCCCACCUCGCACAGCUCUGGCCCAUCAGCGUAGCCUGCUCUUUACAGACAGACAGACUGACGGACAGUUUUUCAGCUCUGCUCCAGCAACAGAGCUAAACCUUGCCUUCUGCAGCCUGAGGUUCCGCUGUCAAGACAAGAAUUUGCACAUAUUUAUCUCUCAGAAGGAUGCAUCCAGCGGGACGAGCAGCACGGCGGUGGAGGGUGACAAUCUAGAGAUCCUGUGUGGGAGGGUUUGUUUUCAGAGGAGGAUUGAAUCAUCGAACAUUUGCCAAAUAACCCUUGGACAUAUCAACUAGAAUGUCAUACCAAGAAGAAGCAAAACUGCUUAUCAGUGGUGACAAUAUACUUAGAUAUGGAUGAAUAAAUAAAAAAAUCACUGUGCCUGUGUCUGGAUUUUAAGUGAUGUCGGCUUUACUGAUGACGAUGGAAGAGUAGGAGGUGGAGGAUUGUAUUAGUUACCUUUUUUGCUGAACGAUGUAAAUACAAGUGGUUCUCUCUCUCUCAAGGCUAUCGUAAAGUUUCAGGCUGGAGAUUUGAGCGAGAGAGAGAAAAAGCCUUCUCAAGAGUGACAAAUGAAGAAUGUGAGCAAUUAUUAUGACAAAGACCCCAUCUGGAAUGGGGGAGUCGGGGGGUGGGCCGGGGAGAGGGUGGUGGGUUAUUUUGAACAAGACUUGGCAGCAUUGAUGACGUUACUACAACCGUGGGUUGGUGGGAUGAACAAAACGUGGUUUCCUAUUGAGAUGACGAUAUUCUAUUUCAGUAUUUCUCUUUCAAGCUCCUCAUUUUGCCCUCGACGAAAGCUCAUCAUUGCUGUUCUCUCAACCCUGCAGUGGCAUGUAAUUUAAACCUUAUUUGACAGGGUUGAAACUUUGGGCUAAGCUGCAUUUUUUUUCUUUUCUAAAAGUUUGAUGGACAGAAGAUGAUGUAUAUUUCUGUAUAGUGUAAGUACCAUGUAAAAUAGUGAGGAGAAGGAGAAAAACAACAGAGCUUAUCUUGGUCGCACAGGUCGAAGCGGGCGAGCGAGGAAGAUGCUGGUCUUGCCCCGUCUGUGUCGUCUAUUUUUAAUGCUGUAUUUUCAAGACUGGAUGGACAGGAGUUUAGGUUAUUUAACGGACAACACACGGCCAACACUGUUGUCCAUAUCCCUUACUGCAACAUUAAUAACUGUAAAAUCAAUUUCACUUUUCUUUCUGGAGUAUUGCACCUUUUUUUCAUUUGACAGUGAAGUACUUUUGGAUCAAAAUAUCUUAAAACUCAACAUAAAAAAUUUAAAAAAACAACACCACAAAUACAAACUCUCAAUGUUUUUGUUUUUCAUUCUGUGUAUCGGUUGUAUACUCGUGUUCUGUGCAUGUUUCUGCAAUGACCGGAUGAGAUAUUGUAACAUGCAUACCACAAUUGCACUUGACAGCUGCACUUCACAACUUUCAAUAAACAUGCUUAAGGAAGACUAAAA